AUGGACAACCCGCUUCUGCUGCCAGAGAUCCUCCUUCACAUUACUCCCUACCUGACUCAUCAGGACAUCGUCAUCUGCCUCAAGGUCUGCCGCCAGUGGAACCAGUCAUUCACCCCUCUCAUAUUCCCCAACAUCACCGCCCAGGAAAACUGGACCACCGCAAAGGACUUUCCCCCUCUUUCCACCCUCAUCAAGAAUGCCUUCUGGGUAAGGUCUCUCACCCUCAAAACCACGGUCGGACUUGCUCCCUUUCUCGAUCAGUGCACACGCCUCAAGACCCUGGUCGUCCAUGGAGACAUAUUUUCCAAGCAACAGGACACUAUCUGGACCGAGCUCACCAGCCUUAUCCGCCACAACCCCUUGAUCGAACGCAUCUUUCUUGGCUUCGAUCGUCAGAAUUCUCCCUCGAUAGAAUUUCUCCAAGCAUUGUCCGAGGCAUGUCCGAGUUUGAACCGAUACGAGUCGAGUCAGGGCAAGUACGGGGAUCAGGCGCAGGUCGAGGCUUUGAUGAAGGUCCUGCGGCGUGUCAAGUGCGCCUCGACCCGCUACGAAUCCUUCACCAACAUCCCCGUCGACACAACAGGAUCAUUUCCACACUUGCAGGAACUCACCAUCAAGGAUGCCAAGGACCUCAGCACCCAAUUGCAGGUCGACUUGGUCUGCCAGUGCCCCCACCUCCAACAUCUCAAGUGGACCGUCUGUCGCGACAUGUUCUUCCCUAUCCAACAAUUCUGUGACCGGAUCCCAGCGGCGUGCCCGAACCUCCGCAAGCUACAGAUGGACGGAUGCGGGAUCCCCUACCCUUGCGAUCUCAGCAGGAUUCUCAAUUCGCUGAGCCAACUCGAGCUGCUGGCGUUUUGUGGAACCGCCAUUUUCUCUAGGACAUUUCGAGCGAUGGAGCGGCACUUUCGAACCCUGCAAUCUUUGGAUUUGGCGGACUGUUUUUCGGUCAAGAGCUGGAUGGUGCAGGAAGUUCUGGAGAGCUGCCCCGUCUUGGAGACAUUGAAGGUUCCGUACAUCUUGAUGAGCGAUGUGGAAGUUGGAAGACCAUGGGUGGCACUCCGAUUGAAACACCUACGAGUCCACUUCAGAACGUCUAAGCUUUGGGGUACGAAAUUUAUCCGCGAGCACGAGACAAUAUUCAGGACAUUGGGCAAACUGGCCGACCUGGAGAUUCUAGACGUGAGCUGCUUUAACCCUAGGGGCCCUGCAGGACUACAGUUCCGACUCUACCUAGGUCUGGCGGGCAUGGGGAUGUUGCGGAAGCUGAUGUUUGUGAACAUGCACUACACUGACCAAAAUAUCGGGAACCAGGAAUUGGACUGGAUCAAGAAGCAUUGGCCUCAUUUGACCAAGGCCGAAGGCAUUUUUCAUUCUGUCUGGAAACAACACGAGGUCGUGACGAAGGAGUUGCGGGAGUUUGGAAUUGAGGUGCCCGAUCAGGAGAGACCGGAUCCAGAUAGUCAGGGCAGCUCGUGGGCGUUUGAUGCUCGCCAGGACAGGGAGGGGACUGAUAACGAGGAUAUGGAUGAGGACCAAGAGGAUACCGAGUACGAAGAUUUUGACACGGAGGACCCGGAGGAUGUCGUUGUUAUGGGAUUUAACGUUCAGCCGAGCGAGGUUGUGUUUGAGAAAGGGCCGAUUGACGAUGAGGAAGAUGAUGGGGAUGAUGGCGACGAUGAGGGUGGUGAUAUGGUUGACGGCUAG